AUGAGACUAAAAAAACUAAUGAUUGCAACACCCAAUCCUCCAUACAUUGGUGCAUUCGAAUCAAACAUUAAAUUUAUUUGGAUAUAUCAAAGCUUUUGGCAAGGUGUUUCAUACAACAAUAGCAAUAGUUUUACAAGAAAUAAUGGUCCAUUCAAAGGAACACUAGAUCCAUAUGAAUGUGUAGAGACUACAGAUCGAUCGAGAGUCAUCAUCGUCUUGAUGUUUGAAAGAACAGAACACAAUCACGGAAUCAAUUCAAACUCAAAUCUUUCUUAUAAAAAAUAUCAGCCGACCUACAGACAAGAUGAACCAGCUGACUUGAGAGACUCGACAAGGCACACAUGA